AAGAAACUAAAAGCAAAAAAAGGGGAAGCUGGAGAAACGCGAAAAGAAACGGCACAAGGCGAAGAGGAAGGAAAAGAGAAAAAAUCAACACCAUUGAAGUGGGGAAUUUGAGAUUUGAGAUUGCGCUUCAUACAACGGCGCAUCGCAGUUUACGAGUGUCCAUCACCACUACAACACCGAACACCGUGCAGCAAUGGAAGACUAUUGGGGUCUUAGCAGCACUACGGAUAUAAAUUGCACACAGCCCGCCAUCGAUGACUUCCCCAGAGACCUGUUCUCGGAGGCGCAAAGACAGUCCGGUGCUGUUGUACUUCAUGUUAUAGCCAGUUUAUAUUUAUUUGUAGCCUUAGCCGUAGUGUGUGAUGAGUACUUUGUGCCAGCAGUUGAGAAAAUAUGUGCAGCACUCAACAUGUCCAACGAUGUGGCGGGGGCCACGUUCAUGGCCGCGGCCACCUCUGCCCCGGAGCUGUUUGUGAACGUGAUAGGCACCUUUAUCACAGAGGGUGACAUCGGUGUGGGCACCAUUGUGGGUUCGGCGGUCUUUAAUAUCCUGGCUGUGGCCGCCUGUUGCGGCAUUGGAGCUGGCAUGACUAUACCCCUGGAUUGGUGGCCAUUGACGCGGGAUAGCAUUGCCUAUGGUGUCACAGUCGCCAUUCUCAUUUGUGUGAUGCAUGACGAGCGUGUUGAAUGGUAUGAGGCCUUGAUAUUGGUCUCUCUCUAUGCCGUCUAUCUGGCGGUCAUGUAUUUCGAUAAAUCAUUCCAAAAGUGUGCUAAAGGUGGCGUGAAGCAGGCGCGUUCGCGCAGCCGGUCCUCCAACUGCAGCAUACACACAAAGAACAGCAAUGAGAAGGAACCAGAACUUGUGGAGAAUCGCAUUUGCCAGAAUAUGGCCAGCAUUCAGUUAAACGGAGGACUCAAUAAUGAUCAGGCCAAGGCUGCUGGUACUCCUGGUGGCACCACUACCACCUCGAUAAGCACUAUUACAACAACGACUACAACAAUGACAACAACUACAACAACACGCACACCAAGUGGCGAUGGAGGAGGAACUGGUGGUGGUGGAGCCAUCAUUGCCCAAAUGGCACCAUUAGAUGGAGCUGAGGCAGAGGCACAGCCGGCGGCUGCUGCUGCUGCUGGUGAGGAUCGCGAAGAGGAGGGCUAUUCCCUGCUCACCUAUCCCAAGGACAAGAGCUGCUUUGCCCAGUUCACCUGGCUAAUAAUCUGGCCAAUUCACCUGCUUUUCCGCAUCGCCAUACCUGACUGCAAGAAGGCCAAGAAUAACAAGAUCUUCCCCCUGACCUUUAUAAUGUGCAUUGUUUGGAUCGGUUCGUUGUCCUAUGUGGUGGCGUGGAUGAUAACUAUAAUUGGUGACACACUGAAGAUACCCGAUUCUGUAAUGGGUAUUACCUUCCUGGCGGCUGGAACUAGUGUUCCCGAAGCGGUAUCCAGUGUGAUUGUGGCAAAGCGCGGACAUGGAUCGAUGGGUAUUUGCAAUUCGAUUGGUUCGAACACCUUCGAUAUCCUGCUCUGCCUGGGCGUCCCCUGGCUCAUCAAGGCCGUCUUCUUUCCCAUACAGCCGGGCCAGAAUUAUGUGGCCAUCAAUUCGGCCGGAUUGGAGUAUUCGGCGAUUACACUGUUAUCAACGCUAUUUCUGCUCUACCUGACCUUCUCCACGAACAAGUUCAAGCUGGACAAGAAGGUGGGCACCGCCUGUCUGGUAAUGUACCUGGUCUUCAUGGUCUUUGCCUCCCUCAUCGAACUCAAUGUGUUCUUCCGGGUCAAUCUGCCCACCUGUGGUCGAUCAUGAGCAUGAGGUUAGAUACGAUUGUGGGAUUGAUGAUCCCAAAUGGAGAAGAGGAGGAAUGGAGUUGAAGAGAUGACAUAAGGACGACAAAGCAUGACGUAUGAUGAAUGUACGAUGUACGAUGUACGAUGUAGGAUGGAUGAAUGGCGCAAAAGGGAGGCAGCCAGUCAACAACAAGAACAACAAACAAACAAAAAAAAAUAAAAAUAAAUAAAAUAUAAAAUAGAAAGCUAGCUGGUUGGAAGUCCCGGAGUGCAGUCGUUUAAUUAAUUAAUAUGUAUUUUCUGUUCUAUUCUAUCUACCUUGAUAGUUGAGUUACGUUAUACGUUAUGCUGUUAUUGUAAUAAUACUUUUUUUUUAUUAUUAUUAUUAUUAUUAAAGUAGACUCUUUCACGACCUUCGGUUGCUCUACGCAACGAAAACCAAAAGACAAAUGCAAAUAGUUGAUGAGGAGAAAAGAUAAAAGCGGUGAAUAAAUGGAGCGAAGGGGAGAAAACCUAAAAACCAAAAAUCAAAACCAAAAACCAAACAAAUUCAAUAAUGUAUUUAUAUGAUUAAU